GCGGUCGGCGGGGUCCGGGGAGGGACCAGCGGACUGCGCAGCAAAGCAUGGUCUUGAUGUGGUCCCACAUGCCCUUCAUCUCAGCCUCAAGAGACAGAGGUCCCAAGCAGCAUGGCUGUGCCCGGUGUCAGACUGCUCGCGGGUGCUGUAAGAAAGCCAGAUGCCUGGACCAGACUCUGGGGUGUGAUUCAAGGGACCUCUUCACACAAACCUUGUGCUUCCUGGAACAGAUACUUAUAUUUUUCUAGCACCAAGUUAAACACAUCAAAUUACAAAGCACUUUUCCGUAACAUUUUCUCUCUGCGACUCCCAGAGCUUCUAGUAUCUCCAGAGUGUAUUCUUCCAUUUUCUGUACGACUCAAAAGCAAUAUAAACUCCAAAAAGUCUUCUAAAAAGACCGUGCAGAAAGAUGCGGAUGAAGAGGACUCCGAUGAGGAGACCAGUCACCUGGAGAGGAGCGAGCAGGGGGAGGAGCUUGAGGAGGAGCCGGGUGUGGUCAAGGACUACAAAGACCUGGAGAAGGUGGUGCCGUCUUUCCGGUACGACGUCAUCCUGAAGACAGGCCUUGAUAUUGGGAGAAACAAAGUAGAAGACGCGUUCUACAAAGGUGAACUGAGACUGAACGGGGAAAAACUGUGGAAGAAAAGCAGAACGGUGAAGGUGGGAGAUACUUUGGAUCUCCUCAUUGGAGAGAACAGAGAGACAGGAAUAGAGGUGGUGAUGCGGAUUCUCCUGAAAACCGUCUACGAAGAGAAGACUGAGAACGACAAGUACCGUGUGGUGCUCCGCCGGUGGAAGAGCUUAAAGCUGCCUAAAAAGACUGCGUCUAAAUAAACGUCGCUUCUUCCCACGAGCCGCCCGAAUGUCGGGGACGGGCAGCAUAAAAAGAGGACAUUUUUACUAAAAUAAAGUUCUCCUGUCGUUUGUGUGGUCACUGGAGCACUCUGGAUGCUGGGAUCUGUGGGGUCCCUCUUGGGCUGGCCUGUGCUCCCUUAGGCCUGGCACCCUGAGAGCCCCCUUGUUCUGUGCAGAGACGGACUCUGGAGGCGCCCAGGCCAGAGAGGACGUCACAGCUUGCCUGCCACUUCCCACACUAACUACCUCAGGAGUCACUGUAAAAUAAAUUGGCCUUGUUUCUUUGUG